AUGGCGCAAAGUUUGGGAGCAAGCGGGCUGAAAGCUAGCAGAAUUUUGGCGGCAGCCAGCCAGGCACACGGGCAAGAAGCAGGUCGUUUGUGGAAAUUACUGAGUUUUGUAGUUGCUUUACCAGGCGUUGCUGUCUGCAUGCUGAAUGCUGUUCUGAAGAAUGCGCAUGAACCUGCUGAAUUUGUGCCAUACGACCAUCUCCGCAUCCGCACCAAGCCUUUUCCUUGGGGCGAUGGGAAUCACACACUUUUCCACAACUCGCACGUCAACCCAUUACCCACUGGCUAUGAGAAAUAA